CUCGCAAGAUGUCAGGACGAGACUUCUCCUUGAAUGAGACUUGGUUAGACACAAUAACAAACAGACUGGAUCAAGUGAAAGCAUGAGACAUCCGACCAACCUUUACCUCCUCUUCCUCCCCCUCCUCCUCUUCUUGUCCUUCUGCUGGGGUCAGAGGUCAGACAGUGACAAGCCCUCCUGCGAUCGCUGUGACCUGCAGCUCUCCUGUAACUGCUCCUAUGGUGGAUUCACCAGUGUUCCCAUGGUAACAGGCAGCGCCCUGACUCUUGAUCUCUCCUUCAACAACAUCACCGAGGUGACCGAUGAUGACCUGACAGGCCACGGGGCACUGAGGGCUCUGAGUCUCCACGGUAACAAACUAUCUGUGAUCCAUCAAUCAGCAUUUAACUCUCUGCGGAGGCUGGAGACGCUGGAUCUGUCUGACAAUCAGCUGACGUCUCUCAACCACACCUGGUUCAGCGAGCUAGCAGCUCUGCGGCAGCUCAACCUGCUCGACAACCCAUACAGCUGCCUUGGUUCCCCCCUACUGUUUCAGGGGCUGGUCAGUCUGAGGAGGCUGGCGUUCGGAGGUCCUGCUCUGGAGGAGGUCAGGAGAGGAGAUCUGUCUGGAGUCACUCAGCUGGAGGAGCUCACUCUGCACGCCAACAACCUGAAGAGGUAUGAGUCCGGUGCUCUAGCGUAUAUUUGGCCGUUGGGUCGCGUCACUUUGAGCCUCCAUGGUCCAUUUUUAAACAACACAACUCUGGCCUCAGCUGUGAUCGACGACGUGUCGUACCCUGAGACACAUAUCGUUCUGGAAGACCUCCAUCUGAUUGGCAAACAGUCUGUUCAGCCCCUCACAGUGAUUAACAGCAGGAAAGUCAGGAACUUGUCCCUCCAUAACCUCUCUAUAUCGGAUGCGACCACUGUCGACUUGCUGGUGGCAUUGGAUGGUGCGUCGCUGACCUUCUUUUCCUGUGAUGUCAUCACGCUAAUCGGUGAAGGCAGGUGGGAGCCAGCCAACACGACCGAUCAUAAAAGCAUCAACGAGCUCUACUUACGAGAUAUUGUGGUGCUGGAUGUCUUUGAGUUUGUCUCGUUGCUUGACCUACAGUUCCUGCUGAAGUGGCCCAGGAAGAUGUCUGUCAUAAACUCCAAGGUGUUUUUGGUGCCCUGUCCCACGUCCAAGCUGCUGAAGAACCUGCUUUACCUGGACCUGUCCGACAACCUGCUGACUGACAUGACUCUGACUGAGACACUGUGCGGCGGACACAGCACUAUGAAGGACCUACGAGUUUUAAACGUCAGCGGAAACGCUCUGAAGUCUUUGUCCUUGGCAAACCACCUGGUAGCGAAUCUCUUCAAACUGACCCACCUGGAUGUCAGCAGGAACGGCUACAUCUCCAUGCCGCUGACCUGCACCUGGCCCACUACUCUGCGAUACCUCAACAUCUCCAGGGCCAAACUGACCACUGUCACCUCCUGUCUACCCACAACUCUGGAGGUGCUGGAUCUGAGCAACAAUGAUCUCAAAGACUUCAUACUGCGCCUGCCGGUCCUAAGAGAGCUCCACCUCUCUGGGAACAAGUUCCUGAGGCUGCCCCAAGGAUCAUUUUUCCCCAAUCUGCAAACACUGACUAUACAGUCAAACACCCUGAACAUGUUUGGCCCCCCAGACCUCCAGGCAUAUGAACGACUGCAGAACCUCCAAGCGGGUCAGAACAAAUUUGUCUGCUCCUGUGACUUCGUCGCCUUCCUCCAGUCGGACAUCAAAGAAGCCGGAGAUGUGCAUUUAACAGACGGAAAGGAGAGUUACGUGUGCGACUCUCCUCUCCACCUGCAGGGAGAGACAGUGGGUCAAGUCCACCUCACUGUUGUUGACUGCCAUCAAGUUUUGUUCGUGUCCGUGUGCUGUGGGGUGGCGCUGUUUGUUGGAACUCUGGUGUGUGUCUUGCUGUGGCGCCUCCACGCAUUUUGGUACCUGAAGAUGACUUGGGCGUGGCUGAAGGCCAAGCGGAGCUCCCGGCGGCGGCAACACAGAGAUAACGUGGAUGCAGAUCUGUUGUUAUCCUUCGACGCCUUUGUUUCAUACAGCGAGAGAGACGCUGGCUGGGUGGAAAACUUCUUGGUACCUGAGCUGGAGGAAACAGGGGAGAAUAAUGAAGAUGAAAUGAAUCCCAGAGGCAACCGGCCUCUGUCCCUGUGCCUCCACAAGCGGGACUUCCUCCCUGGACAAUGGAUUGUGGACAACAUCAUAAGCGCCAUGGAGAGAAGCCGGCGGACCAUCUUCAUCCUCUCUGAGAACUUCGUCCGCUCAGACUGGUGCCGCUACGAGCUGGACUUCUCCCAUUUCCGGCUUUUCGACGGGACCGCCGGCGGGGACGCAGCCAUCUUGAUCCUGCUGGAGCCGUUGGCCAAGGACGACAUCCCCAAACGCUUCUACAAACUGCGCAAGCUCAUGAACUCCACCACCUACCUGGAGUGGCCUCUGGAGGAGGAGAGGAGGCCGGAGUUCUGGAGGAGUCUCCGCGACGCUUUGAGCGGGGAAGAAGAGGAGGAGAACUGAGAGAGGAAGAGAAGUGAGCACAAAAGGACAUGUUAGAGAAAAAAGGUAGAGAACGUAAUAGAAAAGAAAAGGAAGUGAGUGAAUGAAAUGGACAAAGAGAAGUGAACAAGGAGUCAAAGUAAAGAAGGGCAGGAAGACAAAAAGAAAAGACAGGUGUAGUAAAAAGGCUUUGAGGCGCUUGAAGCAAAAAUAUCAGAAGUCAAAAAAAAUGAGAGAAAAAGAGUAAAAUAUGUAGGAGGUGAAAGUGAUGACAGGAAGAUAAAUGAUGUAGACAAAGUGAGAAGGUUUAAUGUCACCUCAGAAUUUCUCCCAUUUGUUCAUCCGUAAUACUUUUUUAUUACCUUCUUUUUUAUCAUUUCUGCAUUAAUCAGGUCAUUCUGGUUUCUUCUACCUUUUUAGGGUCAACGGUUUGAUCACUUCAAACUAUAUUGUGAAAGUUUUUGUGUAAAUGAUAAACCUUUUUGUUUUUAUCAACAAAUUCCAUUAAAAGAC